AAUGGUAAUCCGUUUACAAAUAGUUACAAACUUUACCACAAAGCGUUGCGUGGCGCUGCGAGCGUAUCAAACAAGCCGGUUGCAAUGGACCGUGAUUCUAAAAGUGGAUAGUCUGAACUCCACUAAUUAGCGUUAGACUAAACAUAGGACGAUAUUAGUGAGAGUGGGACGGACAAUAUAAGAUUGUACAAGUGCGAGUGAGACCGGAAACUUCGGCAAGCUUCCAAGAUGAAUUUGAUGUUUCGCAAGAACUUCAGCGGGGAGAAGGCGAGCUCGGGUGGCGGCGGAGGCGGAGGAAAAGCGCGGGGGGCUCUGGGCGCGGGCAGGAACGCUAAACGGCGCGAGCGCGACAGGUUCUGUAUGGAGGAACAUCACUAUAGGACUCAUCUGUUCUUCUCCGCGCCCAGGACAAGUGCGCAGUACACUGACUCAGGUUAUCGAGAUUCCAUUGGAUCAGGAUGGCAAGGUACUCUAGGGAAUUUAACUACCCAAAAGCGAUGUGGUCCGGUGCUGGGCGGGGGCUCAGGGUCGGAGCCGGAGCCCCCGCAGCCGCUAGUGACUCGGGAGCCGGGCGUUUCGCUGCUGCGCUGGGACCGACCAGCGCCGGAGCGCCGCCGCGCGGAGCCUGUCUCGCUGGCCACUCUAGAGAAGGACUGCUUCGUCAUACCAGCACACGCUCUUGACAGAUUCCUGCCUGAUGGUGUACCAUUGCCGGUGCCUCCACCCACACCGGAGAAGGGCAUAACAACGAAAACGACCCAAAAUUCCCUCAGCAUCCUAGAAAUAGCAGACCCGAAAUUAUGCAUAUUGGCACAUUUGAUGAGUCCCUUGGAACCUAUAGAACCUAUUUUAGAAUCACCCCUCGCUAAACCUUUAAUCAAACAGAAAAUGGCCGCGGGAGAAUUACUCAGUGAUAUUGCUCAAGCAAAUACGGCAGUUGGCGGAAUGUUAUUAGCAAAUAUGGAAAAGAAUUCAGAGUUCCCUUUCAUAUCUUAUUACGUUAUAAAUACAACACAAACGGAUCCAUUGUUAUUUUAUAAUAACCUUAGAGGAGCGUCAUUGAGUAAGUUUGACCCGAAGACGAUUAGGUAUUCGGCAGCACAUACAUUAGAUUUGUACAGCGAAGUUGCAAUGAUUUGUCGACCACCUUUCAACGACUUAGCCGGUGGUCCGAAGAAGUCACACACACCGACAACCGGAUUUAUUAUUAGCGUGUACAAGGUAUUCGAAGGUGACGAUGGUGAACGAUUCGAAAGGAACUGGUUAUAUUGGACAGGAGCGAGAAUGUUGUAUAGACAUUUGCCUCACACGGUCGGCAUGAGGAAGAUCGCACUGCACAAGUCAGUGGCAGCGCACGGCGACAAAAUGUACUUGUUGGUCUGCGAGUGUGCCAACUUGUUGGACGACUUGUCCGGUGCGGCAAUGCUAGUGACAGCUCUCCGAGCUCGCCUCUGUGGGUACACCGGCUUGUACAAACCCAUACAAACAUUCUAGUAGAGGGCCCAAGGCCAAGGCCUUGAUUGUGUAACGGACUUUACGGGAUAAAAAUCUCCAACAGAUGGAGUCUUUUCACUUUACACGUUUGAAAUUUAAUAAUGCAAUAAUUUAAUAUGUAAGUUGUAAUUCUAUUAAACACUAUUCGCGAAUUUUUAAAUUAAAUUAGAUACUUAAUUAGUAGAUUUGCCUAAAAAAAAACAAACAUUGCCGAUUAUUGCCAAUCAAUUAAAAGUUAAGUCCUAAUGCGUAAAAUGUUGCUUUGUUAAUGUUUAUUAAGGUAAUUUUGUAAAGUUAACUGGUGUUUGGACCAACAAUGCUUUAACACUUGGUCAUCAUCAGCACAAGUUGUGAGAAAUGGACCAAAGAACUAAUUAUAGAA